AUGGGGAAAGGCGUAGCCGCCUGUAGGAACGCCGCCGCAUCGCGUCGCGAAAUACGGGUUCAGCCGCCCCCCUCUUCGGUAUCUCGGUCAACACUGGGCCGCUUCCCACCGAACAUUCAAGCUGUUUUUGAUUUCCCUUCGCUUCUACAGCUGAAUGUGUCAACGUGGUCUCAAACCAUGGUCCAUGUCAGCAACCAAGCGCUAGUUCUCCGCGAAAUUAGCGUCCAAUGCAGUCAAAAUGCACACCCGUUCCACCCAGCUGCGAGAUCCGUCUCCACGGGUCCGGGGCAAAGACAAAGACCCAAUAGCUUAAUCAGGUUUUCUCAAAAGACACGAGGCGGACGAACCAGCCUGACAUUUGGAAGCCGCCCGGACUUCGAGCUGAGGCGCCUUGCGCGCUCGAGGUUCCCGGGAAACCGGCAAGGGUUACUUCACGUUGGUGUCAACCGAGCCAAUGAUGGCCAAGGUGUCACCCAACUUGGCGAUAUUACCAAUUUUCCAACAGUAAAGGGGCCAAUGGAAAUCCAAGUAGAGAGGCUGGAACGCGUUUGCGGAUAUCGCCUUACGGACAAUCGUGCCCUUUCGGGCGAUACCAACAACCUUCAUGUUGAUAAACUUCUUGUUGCGAACUCUACAAAGGUCUGGAAUUGGCUCGGUUGCAGGACGCGCCCGUUUACAGACAGCCGCGAUAAUUUGGCUGGACGGCUCCUAGAAAAUGAGUCGAGGAUGGCUCGACCCAACACUUUGGUUCGCGCCGAUCAUCAAAACGAUUGGAAUCUCUUGCACUUGCUCGAGGACGAUGGUGAGCAAUGUGGGGAACUACCAGCUUUCGAUGCGGGAUCUCAGCCGAUCAUGAUGGAGUUCAAGGCUUUGAAGCACAGUGAAAUCACGUGCAGUUGUUACACCGCUCUACCCCUCUUCUACUUCACGACAGCAUAUAUCCGCAUUGCUGGUCACGGUGCACCAAUUGUCCUGCAGGACGGCAUACUUCGUGCAGAGACCACGUUGUCAGUCUUUCACCGGGGUAUUCCAAAGAGCCAAUGUAUCCAUUUUGUUGAUAUUUCGGCUGCCUCCACGAUACCGAAAAGACAUCGGUUCCCCGGGUCUGGGACCGUCUGGCCAGUUUUGUUGUUCUCCAGUCUUCGCGCUAACCGUCCAUAUAUCCACAACCCACAGCCCACAACUCAAAACAUCGUGAACUUCACGUGCACUCUUCUACCUGCAAUCUUAGCAAUUGCGGUGCCGGAAAACGAGCAUCCACUUCCAGGUUCUCGGGUCUCCGAGGAUCUACAUCACGGAAGGGUGGCCGAGUUGGUUAUGGCGCCAGGUUAA